GAAGGCCAGUUCGUGUGUGUUAUGUUCAGAUUGACGGAUGUUCGUUUGACGCCGCCGCCGUCGUGUGAUCCGUAAAAAGGAAAAUCGAAAGAAUAAUAUUAUAAUAUUAUUUGAUUGUAAAAGUCGUUCUUGUUUUAUUUAUUAUUUUUAUUAUAUUAUAUUAUAUUAUUUUUUAAUUUUUGAACCCCGAACUCGAAAUAAAAAGCCAACAAAACAUGGUCGAGGAAACCAACUUGGGAUAUUCGGGAAUAAACAUUUCCAAUAACGUUCAACCGACAAAGACGAAAGGGCAUAGCAGAGUACCUUCAACGGACUUACGCGAGUUCAAAGAAGUCACCCAAAGGGAUUCGUUAGUGCAACUCGAAAAGGAAAUCGUAUCGCUGUUGGCAACCGUACCCGAGGACAAGAAGGAAUUAGCUCAGUCGCAGUUUACCGCAUUUUCCCGGUUGUUUCAACGAUUUCUGGAAGAAUCUGGACCGUCGGUCGACUGGGACCGUAUUGAAAAAUUACCCGCAGACGCAAUACGAGACUAUGAUGUACUUCCAAAGCCAGGUCCUGACGACAUUCAUAAAAAAUUGGAAAAACUCGUUGUUGUUAAGCUCAACGGAGGUCUUGGGACUUCCAUGGGUUGCCGUGGUCCCAAAUCCGUUAUUCAAGUCAGAAACGAACUUACUUUCCUCGACUUGACAGUACAACAAAUUGAACAUUUAAACAAAAAAUACAAUGUCAACGUACCAUUGGUUUUGAUGAAUUCUUUCAACACCGACAAAGACACUGAACAAAUAAUCCGUAAAUACAAAGGACUUCAAGUCGAAAUCUAUACUUUCAAUCAAAGCUGUUUCCCAAGAGUUUCCAAAGAAUCGCUACUACCAAUUGCUAAAAACUGCAACAUUGAUGGAAAUAUUGAAGCAUGGUAUCCACCUGGUCACGGUGAUUUCUACGACAGCUUCAAAAAUUCAGGACUGUUACAGAAGUUCAUUAAUAGCGGCCGAGAUUAUUGUUUUAUUUCUAACAUUGAUAACUUGGGCGCAACUGUCGAUCUUAACAUCUUAAAUAUGUUACUAAGUCAAGAUGCAAAUUCUCCGGAAUUUGUAAUGGAAGUAACCAACAAGACAAAAGCCGAUGUCAAAGGUGGUACUUUGAUUCAAUAUGAAAACAAGCUGCGACUGUUGGAAAUUGCCCAAGUGCCCAAAGAGCAUCUUGAAGAGUUCAAAUCGGUGAAAAAGUUUAAGUUUUUCAAUACCAACAACUUAUGGAUCAAACUCGGAGCCAUUGAACAAGUUCUAAACGAAGGAUCAUUAAAUUUAGAAAUCAUAGUCAACAAUAAAACUCUAGAUAAUAAUCUGAACAUUAUUCAACUGGAAACCGCCGUAGGAGCCGCAAUGAAAUCAUUUAGUGGAGGACUCGGUAUCAAUGUCCCUCGUAGCCGUUUCUUGCCUGUCAAAAAAACUUCUGAUCUUUUGUUGGUCAUGAGUAACUUGUACCAUAUGCGUAACGGAUCGUUGUCAAUGAGUCCACUACGGAUGUUCCCUACUACUCCGUUGGUGAAGCUCGGAGAUAAAGAUUUUGCUAAAGUCAAAGAUUUCCUAUCUCGUUUCGCUACAAUUCCCGACAUACUAGAGUUAGAUCACUUAACCGUGUCCGGAGAUGUUACGUUUGGUCGCAAUGUUUCGUUAAAAGGAACGGUAAUCAUUAUUGCCAAUCACGGUGACAGAAUAGACAUCCCUUCAAAUGCUACGCUCGAAAACAAAAUUGUGUCUGGCAAUCUUAGAAUAUUGGAUCACUAAAAAGAUGAAUUUUACUAUUCAACCUUGUUGUUUUAUUAUUAGUUUUUAUUAUAGAAGCUUUGUUUUUAAUUAUUUAGUCAUUUGUUAUAUUUUAUUUAUUUAAAUACCAUAUCCGUGAAUUAUUUUAUAUUCAUUUGUUCUACCAUCGUGAUCAAAACUGAGGGAGAUUUUUAAAAACCAUAUUUAUUUAAUCGAAGUUUGACUUCUUUAAUAGAAGCACAAUAUUUUAUUAUAUGUUGUUUUAUGUCGAUAAAAUUGUAAUACCAAAAUAACUUUUAUUAUAAUUGUUUUUAUUGUUUGCAAAGUUUAUAUAAUAGUAUGUAUAAUCAAAAUAGGUAAUUAAAAUCAUUUUUUGUCAGUUAUGAAAUUAUGUUUUUAGAACAAAAUCAUUUUAAUUACCUUUGGUACGUACCAGAGAAUAUUUAAAUUUAUUAAAACAAUUAUUUUAUCUA